UAGGUGGCGCCACCUCUGUUACAUUCUCUAUUCUCGAGAAUCUGUAAAGAGUAACACGGAAGUACACAGUCCUAGUGUGCGAGAGGAGAUGCUCAACGUGGCCGUGUGCUGCUCUCAGUUUGAUUAAAGCGGGUAGCGAGUGUACCACUUAAGACAGUCUGCACCAGAGCAGAGGAGAAGGCGCUGUACUUAACUAAGAGGCGAGAAUGAGACCCGUCUGUGAAAUGAGAGAGAUGGAUCUCUGCGCAUCCUCCGCGUCUCUCCUGGAAGAAGAACUCGCCUCUGCUAUCGAGCCUGCAGUGAAAGCGGCUGUGCUGAGCGUCAUGUCUGCGUUAGCAAAGUUCGUGGACAGUAAAUGUGCAGUUUUCCACCUCAGACUGGACGAAAGAGACAAAGAAUUCGAAAGCGUGAGAUUGCGAUUGGAAAUCGCGGAGAGCGAGUUGAAAACAGUAAGAGAACGAGAAUGCACGAACACUGCCGAUAACAACUUCACACACUCUCUCACAAACACCGAUGAACAAUACUGCGGGAGCGACGGUAUUAUUGCUCACGUCCUGUCAGCCCCUGCCCGGGAUCGCUCCACUGCACCAGUUCAGCCGACCAGGGAGCUGGUGCCUGCAGUCCAGUCCGCACUGAAAAGCUCCCGGGUUUUAAUCCAGGAGGAUGUAACCUAUUCCGUGCUGAUGCGAGGUGAUGAACACAGGGGCCACACAAGCACAGCGGGGGGGACGAUAGCAGUGAAAGGUCCUGCAGAGAGAAAUGCUCUCCCUCAUGCUGAGGAAGGGUCGAAGGCAGAAUCAGUUCCCAUUCAAGAGGAGCUCUUUGACCAGGAAUGGUGCAGGAGUCCAAAGCAGGCUACAGAGCUGACAUCUAUUGAAGGGGAGGAGGAGAAACCUGGACUGGAUCCUGUCCACAUUAAAAAGGAGGACCCUGGAACUGAACCGGUCAUCAUUAAAGAGGAGGUUCUUGAACUUGAAUCUGACCCCAUUGAAGAGGGGGGUGCUGACCACUUUGAAAGAUGGCAGCAGAUUACCACAGGAGAGAAACUGCAUUGCUGCACAGAAUGUGGGAAGAGUUUCACUCAAUUGCAGCAUCUUAAAACACACUUGCGGGUGCACACAGGAGAGAAACCCUAUUCCUGUACUCAAUGUGGCAAGAGAUUCACACAACGAAAAACCCUUAAAACUCACCUCCGAAUCCACACAGGAGAGAAACCCUAUUCCUGUACUCAAUGUGGCAAGAGAUUCAGACAACAAAAUACCCUUAAAACACACCUCCGAAUCCACACAGGAGAGAAACCCUUUUCCUGUACUCAAUGUGGUAAGUGUUUCAUACAACAGCAUUCCCUUAAAACACACCUCCGACACCACACAGGAGAGAAACCUUACUGCUGUAGUCAAUGCGGCAAGAGUUUCACACAGUUACACCACCUUAAAACACACCGGCGAACUCACACAGGCGAGAAAUAGGAUUUUAAAAAAAAAACAGCUUGUUUUAUAAAGCUCACAGGCUAUUUUAAGAUGGAUCUGUAUAAAACUGUUAUAAAAGAAGUCCUUUAAGAUAUAGAAUAGUUUAUGUAUUUCUUUUUACUUUUUAUUCUUAAUUAAAACAACAACGUAAAGAUGCAGAGACCUGACAAAGUGAGAUGAGAAUUCAGCAUUGCAACAGACACUACAACUGGAAAAUAACACUCAAGGUGUCUAAGGAGAAGCAGUGGAACUGGAACUGGAAGUCGAGGCUGUGUUUAAUGUACUGAGCUCCAGCGGAAUCCUUGUUCACAGCAGUGCUGUGGGGAAAGCAAACCCUGCUGCUCAGAGGGGAAUGAUUAUCAGUGACACAGGAAACUCAAAUGGAUUCACACUGCGUAGAGAACCGGACUGAACCAUUGCAUGAGAGACUUUAAUACAUGUAAAAAAAAGCACUUCUGUUAGCUAGAAAAACUUUGACAAACGUGUGAAAGAUUUGAUUAAAUCACAAGGUCUUUGAGUUUCUCUUUUUCAGCAGCCCCCCAGCUCCCCUUACUUUGUAGAUUUCCACCCAUCCAGCUGUUCCCUUUGUUACAGAUUGCGAAGUUACUUCACGCUGGUGCUGGACUGCUUCUAUAAGGAAACACGAGUAACCCAGAUGAAACAGAUUUCUAUUUAUUGCCUGUUUUCAGUCACUCUGAAUUCCUGGAAGGAGGUUUAAAGAUAUGCGUGUCUUGUUGGUUACCAGGUUUGUUAUUAUACACUAGAUUAGGGAGUAACAUUUCAUAGCAUUUCUAUUUCACAUCCACCUCGAAUUAGUUUUCAUGUUCACCAGUGAUCUCCAAGCGAGUGGUGCACAGUCUUAUUAACAUCUAUUCUAAAGCUGGGACCAGCAUGCAUACCUACAAUGCUGCCACGUUUCCACUGUCCUGCCCGAUCUGUACGUGGGCCGCGCAGGUAUGGGGAGGGGAGGGGACAGUACAUUUUCACUGCAGGGCCAGGGACUGGGUGUUUCAAGGUGACCACUUCAAAACUCACCAGAUGGACGGAAUGCAUGUGGACUUGCCUCUCUCAGUGUUUGUGUCAGACUCCUUUUCCUUUAGCACAUGUAGACUGCAUGUUGUUUCCCUGAGCAAAACCAAUAAAUGGAGACACUUUUAACUAUUAAA